UAGCUACUGGUGAGUACAGAUACGCUCAAGGCUUCAGGAGACAAUCCAGUUAGUCAGAUUUUAAAAUAAGGCAAAGGUGCUCAGGAAGUUCCCCUGCAACUACCCUGCAAAUAAAAAAGAAAUAAGGAAAUUCGACUGAGCGGAAAAUAUGGGCUGCUGCGCUAAGAUGAAGUCAUCUGGAUGGGUUUAUCCCACCACAAUCCUGUCACUGUAUGGGUUUUUAGCUAAUUGUAGAGUAGCAGAGCCUUUCCUAACACCGUACCUAAUUGGACCACACAAGAACAUCUCAGAAGAAGUGGUGACCAACUACCUGUUUCCUAUCUGGACAUACUCCUAUCUGGCCUUCCUUUUUCCAGUUUUCCUCCUGACUGAUUUCCUGAGGUACAAGCCCCUCAUUAUGGUACAGGGGCUUUUUCUUGUCACAAACUAUAUCCUGCUCUGCUUUGCCCCUGGUCUUCCUGCUAUGACAUUCCUUCAGGUCAACUAUGCUGUAGUGACCUCCACAGAUGUGGCCUACUUCUCCUACAUUUACAGUGUGAUUCCAGCUGAGAAUUACCAAAGAGCCACUGGUUACCUGCGUAGUGCCAUGCUGGCUGGAUACACAUUUGGUGCCAGCCUUGGCCAGAUGCUCAUCUCUCUGGCAGGAGUGGACUACUUCUACAUCAAUGCUCUCACUCUGGGGAUUGUGAGUGCGGCUUUUCUCGUCUCAUUCUGGUUGCCCAUGCCCAAAAGAAACUUGUUCUUCAAAGGGAAAAAGGCUGCAGCUCUGGGCUCGCAGUCCCAGCAGGAGGGUCCUCUGGGAGACAGCAGGCCUGAGGAUCCGGCGAUGGAAAAGGACACAGCAGACUCAGCGAAAGAGAUGAUGGAGCAUAAUGGCAGCACUUCCUGGUGCAGCAGGGAUAAUGUGGCCACUGCAGGACAUCUACUUUGGCAGAGUUUUAAGGAGUCCUACUCUUCCAGACAUUUAAUCUACUGGUCCCUGUGGUGGGCUCUGGCCACAGCUGGAUACGUGCAGAUCUUUAACUAUACUCAACUUAUGUGGGAUCACAUAGAACCGUCUGCCACAUCAUCCGUCUACAACGGGGGAGUAGAGGCUGUGUGCUCUCUUGUAGGUGCGGCAGCAGCCUUCUCUGUGGGCUACAUCAAGGUGACCUGGGCUGUGUGGGGAGAGCUGGCCUUGGGGCUGUUCUCAGCUGUGGGGGCAGGCGCCGUGUUUCUGAUGGCACUCACCAGCAACAUCUGGGCGAGCUAUGCUGGUUAUAUGAUAUUCAAGUCCUGCUACAUGCUCCUCAUCACCAUCACAACAUUUCAGAUUGCAACUAACCUCUCCAUGGAGUGUUAUGCUUUGACUUUUGGGAUCAACACUUUUGUAGCCCUCUUACUGCAGACCGUCAUCACAGUCAUCGUCGUUGAUGAGGCUGCGCUGGGACUGGACGUUCGGACACAGUUCAUCAUCUAUGGCAGCUACUACGGUGUCAUCUCCCUGCUCUUUCUGAUUCGAGGGACCUACAGCGCUUGUGUAAAUCGACACGGUCGAGAGCACAUUGAAGCCAAAGAACAAGAGUCUAGUGUGGAGGAGAUCACUGCUGAACGCUUCUGAGCUGUGUCAACGUCACUUUGUUCCUGUGGGAUAAUAAAAUGAUCAUACAUAAACAGUAUUACUGGCUUUUAGUUACUGAAUGACCCCUUAAUAUUUAACUUGGUAACUCCACAAUCUAAAGAGGAAGUCAAAAUGCACAAUAAACUCCUAUUA